GAUCCAAACACUCACUACAGUCAGUCAGACGGCUCCUGGAUGCUGAGCAGGAUUACAGCUCAGCAGGAGAGCUGCUCCGGCUUUGUUUUCCUCUCCCAACAUUUAAAACUACUUCUGUUUUAUUUCUAAACGCUGUUUCCUGCACACCUCCUGCAGAUAUCCUCCGAAAGCAUCAUCUAUUUUCCCUUCUUCUUCUUCUUCUUCUCUCCAGAGGAAUCAGACCGGAGACAGAGAGAGAGAAAGGCCCGCUGGUUCACUGCAACAGGUCGAGGAGCAGCUGAAAUAUAAAUAACAAUAAUGAUGAACCUGAUGUGAAUGAAGCGGACAGAGGAGAGAGACACACCGCAGAGGAAGAGGAGGAGGAGGAGGAGGAGGAGGAGGAUGGUUUGAUGGUUUCAGCUGCAGUCUGGAUGCGACAGAGAGGAAAACUGCCAACAUGAUGCCGAUGUUCCUCACCGUGUACCUCAGCAACAACGACCAGCACUUCAACGAGGUCCCCAUCACGCCGGAGACACUGUGCAGAGAUGUGGUGGAGCUCUGCAAGGAGCCCGGCGAGGCCGACUGCUACCUGGCCGAGAUGUGGAGAGGCUCAGAACAUGUCGUUGGAGAAGGCGAGCGGAUGCUGGAGGUGCUGCAGCGAUGGGGGCAGCAGAGGGGGGAGGUUCGUUACCUCCUGCGUCACCAGAGAGCCCCAGGACGAGAGUCAGGUGGAUCCAGAGCUGCCGAUCAGAUGAUGAAGAGGAACCAGGUGAAAGCCUCUGUGGAGAGAUGUCUGGAGAACGGGGUCUCAGCUCCUCGUCUGGACGUGACGCUGAGCGACCUGCAGGAUCUGGCAACCCGACAGCAGCAGCAGAUUAAUGCCCAGCAGCAGCUGCUGGCCUCCAAGGAGCAGCGUCUGCGGCACCUGAAGCUGCAGGAUCAGCGGCAGCAGCAGCAGCAAGAGACGUCUGAACAGGAGCGACUGCAGCAGCUCAGAGAGAACGCACACAACCAGGAGGCAAAACUGCGACGGGUCCGGGCCCUCAGGGGCCAAGUUGAGCAGAAACGCCUCAGCAACAGCAAGCUCGUGGAGGAGAUCGAGCAGAUGACCGGUCUGUUCCAGCAGAAGCAGAGGGAGCUGCUGGUCGCCGUGACGAGGGUGGAGGAGCUGAGCGACCAGCUAGAAUCGCUAAGGAGCAACAGACUGGAGCCUCCUCUUCCUCCUCCUCAUCUUCCUCAUCACCACAACACCUCCUCCACAGCUGAGCUGGAGCGCCUCUAUAAAGAGCUGCAGUUGAGGAACAAGCUGAACCAGGAUCAGAGCGGCAGGCUGCAGCAGCAGAGAGACAGUCUGAACAGGAGGAACCUGGAGGUGGCAGCAAUGGACCGACGGCUGCUCGAGCUCCGACAGCGGCUCUGGAAGAAGAAGGCUGCCCUGCAGCAGAAGGAGAACCUGCCGGUGGCUUCAGACGGGGUGGCCCCUCAGCACGGCGUGGGCUCCAGAGUGGCGGCGGUGGGGCCGUACAUCCAGUCGUCCUCCACAACAAGCUCUCAGGGGCCUCCGGUGCCGGCCCGCCAGGAGGUCCUGGUGAAGCCGGCGUACCCAGACGGCACAGCCACCCUGCCUAUGCCCGACUCGUCCCUGAAACCGCCUCCCAGACCAGUCAAACCAGCCUCAGGUUUUGCCACAUCAAAAAUAUCCAAACUCUCUGACUGGUGCAGCUCGUUUUCUGAGUCCAGUGGAGGUUACAGCCACGCCUCCACGCUGCCUCGCAUGUCCAGCCUCAGCUGCCACAACUCAGGUGGUAAGACCCUCACAGACCAGAAGGCCACAUCUGGAUCUGACAUUCCACCCCCUGUCCCCUCACGGACCAAUCACAUCACUGACAACCUGCUCAGAGACAAUCAGGCUUCUGGUAAAGGUCAUCUGGCUGCGCCACCUCCAGUUCCCAGUAAGCCCAAACCGUUCUCCUCGCCGGGUCCACCAACAUUCUCCAAGCCCCCCUACAGCACCGGGACCUUCCCCGGUAAGGUGCGGCCGGGCGGGGGUCACCUCAGGGCUCCGGGAGUCCUCUCCAGCCACAGCCACACUCUCCCUCUGCCCAACAAGCAGGAGAGUCCGCCGGCCGCCGCCGUACGACCGUACACCCCCGACCUCUCUGAGGCCCCCCCUCCUGUGCUGCAGAAGCCUCAGAUUGUGGCGGCUUCGUCCAUCUACUCCAUGUACACCCAGCAGGGGAAGGGCUACCAGCCGGGCGGCCAGGGCACACUGCCCCGCAGCCAGCCCAGAGUUUACGGGAAACCCGUCCUCUCAGCUAGCAGGGGGCAGCAGUCUGUCGCCUCAGACAUCAUGAGCUCUGGGUGUUGUGUGUCCGACGGGAGCGAGGCCGACAACAGUUGCCUGGGUAACGCCGAAGGUGUCGGGGCAGAGACGGCAGAACGCGCCAACCCGCGACCGCUCAGCCCCACCAAGCUCCUCCCCUUCCUGUCAAACCCUCACAGGAACCCCAGCGACGCCGACCUGGAGGCCCUGCGCCGCCGGCUGCACCACGCCCCCCGGCCCCUGAAGAAACGCAGCUCCAUCACGGAGCCCGAGGGUCCGGCGGGUCCCAACAUCCAGAAACUGCUCUACCAGAAGACCACUCUGGCUGCCAUGGAAACCAUCCCUAUGGAGACAGUCGGUCCAGCGGGGACGUACAUUCAGCCUCACGAGGACGGGGUGGGCGGUGCGGAUGUGAUGUCCAGGGUCGACGACAACCAGCCGCUCGCUGAUAGCCCAGAAGACAGCCUGACCCCGCCCCCUCUGCCCCCCCGCUCACCCAUCCUUGACCCCGCCUCCUGCCGCUCCCUGCCCCCCCCUCUGGAGGACAAGGAGGAGGAGGAGGUGUGUCCCUCCGCCUCGGUCCAUCGGGACUACUUUGCCGAUGAGUUCCCCCCCUACCCGCCCCCGCCUUACCCCACCUGUAGUGAUGGGGAUCAGGGAGAUGACCUCAACCUGCAGCCGCCGGAGGUCACAGGACAGGUCACAGCACCCCCGGGUAAGAAGUCGAUCCUCCGUAAAGCCGACUCGGAGGUGAUCGACCACAGCAUCCGGGUCAAGUUCAACCCUCUGGCGCUGCUGUUGGACUCGUCUCUGGAGGGCGAGUACGACCUCGUCCAGAGGGUCAUCUACGACGUGGACGACCCCAGCAUGCCCAACGAUGAGGGCAUCACGGCGCUGCACAACGCCGUCUGCGCCGGCCACACGGAGAUCGUCAAGUUUCUGGUUCAGUUUGGUGUCAACGCCAAUGCUGCCGACAGUGACGGCUGGACUCCCCUCCACUGCGCCGCCUCCUGUAACAAUGUUCAGGUCUGUAAGUUCCUGGUGGAGUCGGGGGCGGCGGUGUUCGCCACCACAUACAGCGACAUGCAGACGGCUGCCGACAAAUGUGAGGAGAUGGAGGAAGGCUACGCCCAGUGCUCCCAGUUCCUCUACGGCGUUCAGGAGAAGAUGGGCGUGAUGAACCGCGGCGUGGUGUACGCCUUGUGGGACUACGAGCCUCAGAGCGAAGACGAGCUGGGCUUCAUCGAGGGCGACUGCAUGACGGUGCUGAGACGGGAGGACGAGGUGGAGACGGAGUGGUGGUGGGCGAGAUGUGGUGACCGUGAGGGCUAUAUCCCUCGCAACCUGCUGGGGCUGUAUCUGAGGAUCAAGCAGCGCCAGAGGAGCCUGGCUUAACUGACGGCUGACGAAUCCUUCAAAAGACCAAAAUGUUGUGAGAAGGAGUUAAAACCUCUGGACUCGAGGUCGUUGUUAAAAAGGAGAGACAGAUGUUUUCUGAACUGCCACUGGACCUGUUUGGUUUUUCAACCUCAGCACAAAGAAUGUCACAAUGAACUGUCGGAGAGACAGAAGAAACAAUAUUUCAUCUGCAUCCUGUGGUAAAGUGAACAGAUUAUCAGUUUACCAAAAUUCAUCAGCAGAUAUUUGACUUUUGCCAAUGAGUCAUGUGAUUUUUUUUCCCUUGAUAGCCUCCGACAGAGCCGUCGUGAGGCGUCAGGGAGCCUCAAAAACAAAAUGUGAAAAUUGUUUUGGCUUCAUCUUGUAAUUCUUUUUUUUCUAAUUUAAGAUUUCAUUUUAUUUUACUGAGUAGCAACAGUUAACAUAAAGACAGGAAACGUGGAGAUAGAAAGAGGGGUGACGACAUGCAACAAAUGUCCCAAAGGUUGGUUGGUUUUGUCAUUAAUAAAGUAUUUAAAGGUC